UUGGAGCUGAAGUAGUAGGCGUCAUUAUAAGUGUAAAGUUUGCAGCAAGCAUAUUCUGUGAAUGUCAUGCUACCCCAAACCAUUACGUUGAUCCAAAGGGAGCACACAUCUUUGUUUCAACACUGAACCUCCAAUAGCUCAACGCCAGUGAGUCACAUCACAUGCAUAUUUUUCUAAUAAUGCAACCUACCUCUGCAGUUGGUCAUCCAUCUCGUUCGAGGAGGUACAUAGUUCAGCAGAUAAACAGCUUCACUAGAAAUCAGAUUAGUAGAAAGGUCUUUUGACUUGUAACACCCUCAGAUAGGACACCCAACCCAUACUUUUUAAUUGUCCUUCACAGGAAGGAGAUAAGUUGCAUUCUUUGGAAGAGUGCUUUGGAGGAAAGGUCAUUAUUCUAUCUCACGGUGUCUUUUUUUGAAAAUAAUUUUCAGUACUCUCAAAUGAAGUACGAAGAAAAUCUAUAUAAUAUUUCUCUGUGAAAGGGCAAACUACAUUUAGUGGAAAGUGCCUUUAGAAUUGAGGCUUUCAUUCUCUGAACACUCGCACCCUAGCAGUUAACGGGUUGAUGCUGCCCAUGUUGUAAUACUUGCACAGAAGCAGACUUGGAAAGGGAGAACUUUGCUCCAUGGAAGGGCACAGUGGCUACUUGAAGCUGAUACCGUAGGCUUAUCAUUUAUUGCUGUAGUACAUAUUUCAAGAAUGAACUUUGUUGAUUGCGGCAGUCAGAGUUGGCUGUGGCUCCCUUCCAUGUGACCUUGAGAUUGUGGCUGUGUGACAUUUGAAUGGCUCAGGAUGUCCCGUAGACAAGAAAGCACUGGAGCUGUGCGCUUGCGAAGUCCAAAAUGAAAUCUUGGGUUUUGAGUUGUGAGCCUUUAAGGAGCAGAGCACAAACUGGGACAUUCUUUUGAUUUUUGCUGAGAUUAGCAUUUCCUUUAAUUUGCUGCGUGUUCCCAUAGUGUCUCCAUAGUAACUGUUAUAAUCACUCUGAAGUUUGCUCAAGCGUUUCUAAGGCUGAUUUGGACGAAAGUUUACUUCCACACUAAUGAUGUGGAUACAAUUAGACUCGAUGAAGAGUUAACUGGGUUCACAUGAUCUUCUAAAUGAAUAGGGUGUACUACUGCACUAAUCCUCUGCUAACAAGUUCUGGAGCUAGCUAGCUCAGGACAGAAUUCUCCACAUGUUAUUAAUCUGAAUGACAUUUUAGGAUUUAAUAAAAUUGGGGUGUGUAGACUGGCGCAGUAGGCAAAUUUUGGAACCUUGAUUUUGCUGUGGGGGAGAUGAAUGAAUGCCAAGUAUUUUGUGGAAAGGAGACAAGUAGUAAAGACUAAUCUCCUCUCCAAGGUUGACUGUGUAAGAAACGCAAUUUAACAGCUCCCUCCUGAAAUUAUCUCCUGUUUGUAGUGCUAAUACAGAAGGCUUGCAUUGAACUAGUCUAAUCCCCUGUGGAAAGAAUUGCUACCAGGUGACCAUAUGAAUCACCAUUCUCUCUUUUUGCUUUAAAGCACUCCUGUGGCCUCUUUGAGGUUAUACAAGAGUUAAAUGGGAGUGUCAUGCAUGUUAUUAUGUUCCUGUGGUCUGGAGGCUGUGUUUGAGAUAGUGUGUUGGCAUGCUGUUGGGUGUUAUUGUCUCCCCAUCCAAGUUCUCCCUGUCUUCAAAAUACUUUGGGACCACAGAAUAAGAGACUGGGCACUGUAGGUGACUGGAGAAGUGGCAAUAGAAGUGCCAGGGAACCUGCCUGGUGCAGUGGAAAGAAAGGAGCAGGGCCUGAACUUUUAUGUACAAAGUUGCAAUAGGUUCGUAAAGUGGUGUGUCAGGUGGGAAAGCAGAGACCUUGGGAUGGUGGCAAGCUACGGAAGCAAAAUCGGGAGGAACAUAUUUUUUGCAGUCUUAAUUUUACAGACUGAGGAUUCUCCUUUAAUGUAAAUACGCAUUAGGGGACCCAGGUCUUAAUUUUUGACUGCUCUCAUAUCCACCUUUGGUCAGGCAGUAGUGGGUGCAGACUCGUCCGUUGAAGACCAGCACGUCUUCCCCCACUGCCGUUUCCCCAUUAGUCGUUUUCCAGGAGGUCAUCUGAACAAGGAUGACAUUGCUGUGCUGCCAUUGUUCAGCACUCUGUAGCUGCUGGCCUUUUAAUUGAGGGUACGGGGGAACGGAGGAUAAUGGUGCCACUGAUGGACAAUGAUUCCAUUGUUCUUUCUGUGUGCAAUUGUGAAGAGGCUGAGAGCAGUUGCAGUGGAGUCUCCGAAUGUCAGUUGCUGGAAAUCACAAGUGCAGAAAGUGCUGUGCUCUUCUCCGCUUGCAGGCUUCCCAGAGGUAUCUGGUAGGCUACUGUGAGAACCACCUUGGUAGCUCAGUCGGUAGAGCAUGGGGCUCUUAAUCUCAGGGUCGUGGGUUCAAGCUCCACACUGGACAAAAAGUCCUGCAUUGCAGGGGGUUGGACUAGAUGACCCUUGUGGCCCCUUCCAACUCUAUGAUUGUAUGAACAGGAUGCUGCAUUAGCUGGACCACUGGCCUGAUCCAGCAGCUCUCUUCUUAUGUUAUAAUAUUCUUUACCGUUGCAUAUGCUAGGCAUCAGCCUGAGGGGGUGGCGUUUUACUUACUAAGCAGAGCUAAUCUAGGGCUAGGAAAGCUUUCUCGGGUAUACCUUGUCUAGCAGCCAUCCGCUAGAGACAGAUCUAGUUCAGCUAGCGGCAAAUUCCGGUAAACAAAACUCACAAGCUGUACUGGCGCCAUGCUUUUUGGGCUCUUCUAUUUCUUGUGAAGUUAUUUCAGCUUCAGAAACUUCACUAGCUAUAGGAGGUUGGGGAUCGGUCAUGCCGGAAGAUGCAACUGAGGCUGCUGCUCCCUAGAUAGAUCCACCUCCUUGGUUAUGAACAUUCAGCAUUAUAACCACAGGAUACGUUGAACCUGAGGUUGAGUGCUUGUGAUGUCCAUUACGCCUCUGUCAGAGUACUACACAGCUCAGCUCUUUGUGUUUAGUGGACGAUUUCCAGCAAUAAGCAAGGCACCUUUUGCAUCUGUUGCUGUCCAAGAUCUUAACAGCCAUGUUACUUCACUCUGCUAUGGCAGCUCCUAAGCAUCAGUGCAUGGUUGAAAAAUACAUAUUUUUUUUCACCGCUCUUCCUUUCUCAAACUCUUUGAGAUCUGGGGGUUGUGUGGCAGAAGACUGGCACUUGAGAGCCCACAGGCAAAUUAUUGCAAAGACUUGCCCAGAUGGGAUGAGAAUGUAGUAGACUGGGAAAAUGCACUUUGCAAUGCUGCAGAGUGCCAAGUGGCUGGGUGGCUGGGAAGGAAAGUGUCCUUUAUUCCCAUGCCAUUCCCAGCGAUGUUUCUAAGUGAUACAAUGCCCAUUGAAGUGGCUUGUUUUUACUACUUUUCCCCUACUGAAUGUGUGCCAUGCUGUGGAAGAUCGUGCUGGGUUUCAGUUAAGCAAAGAGGCACCCAUAGCAACUGGUUUGUUCAGGAGUAAAACAUUUCCAAAUUGGGCCAGUAGCUAAUUGUUUCAUUUUCUCUGCUCUUGGCAGUUAGCCACCUGUUCAGUAUUAGACUAUAUCAAUUGGUGGUAGGAGGGACUUCUGUGUGAGAGAGAGAGAGAGGGAGGGAGGGAGAGGAAGGAGGAGAGAGCAAGAGGCUGGAGAUUAAUCAUUGAACCAACUACAGUACACUGAAUGGACUUGUUUAGGACUCGCUGCUCUGGGGUUUCUUAUUAACAUCUCUGCUGGCAAAUGUCCCUAGCAAGUGAGUUUUGCUGGCCUCAUAGUAUAUGAAUGAGAUCAGGAGUUAGUUGCUCACAGCCGUUUCGUCAAUACUGAGGCAAUAGAGAAAAAUGUUUGCUGUACACUUAGUGUCGUUUUAUUUCACAAAACUAAAAGAGGACCAGAUCAAAAAGGUACGCUUCUCCAUUUGUCUCCUGAGACAGACAGAUGCCAUUGACGGUAGCCGUUUUGUCAGUGCUAAUCCCCUGCUGCUAAGAGGAAAAUGUUUCUAAGACCGUUCCUUGGAUCUCCCUCCCCACUGCCAUGCCUCUCAGUUGAUCGGUACUUGUACCACAUGCGUCUCUCUGAUGACGUUCUCCUUGAUUUGAUGGCCCGUUUCCAGGCAGAGAUGGUGAAAGGCCUGGCAAGAGACACCAAUCCAACAGCCACACUAAAAAUGCUGCCAACGUUUGUGCGGUCCAUUCCUGAUGGCACAGAAAAGGGUGAAUUUCUUGCUUUAGACCUUGGGGGCUCCCGAUUCAGAGUCCUAAAGGUCAAAGUGUCUGAAAAUGGGAAGCAAAAUGUUCAAAUGGAGAGUCAAUUCUAUCCAACACCUCAAGAAAUCAUCCAUGGGAGUGGGACUGAUCUGUUUCAGUAUGUAGCUGACUGCCUUGCAGACUUCAUGGAGACGAAGAAUAUAAAGCAUAAGAAAUUUCCUCUUGGCUUUACCCUAUCUUUUCCUUAUAUACAGAGAAAAUUAGAGGAGGGUAUACUGAUUUGUUGGACAAAGCAUUUUAAAGCCAGAGGAGUGCAGCAGACAGAUGUGGUGAAAUCUCUCCAGAAAGCCCUCAGAAAACACCAGGACAUUGAUGUAGAUAUCUUGGCUUUGGUAAAUGACACAGUGGGAACAAUGAUGACCUGUGGAUAUGAUGAUCAGCGAUGUGAAGUUGGUGUAAUUAUUGGAACAGGCACAAAUGCUUGCUACAUGGAGGAAAUGAGCAAUAUUGACUUAGUGGAAGGUGAUGAAGGAAGGAUGUGCAUUAAUACCGAAUGGGGAGCCUUUGGAGAUGACACAUCACUGGAUGACAUCAGGACAGAGUUUGACAAGGAGAUUGAUUUGGGCUCUUUCAAUCCUGGAAAACAAUUGUUUGAGAAGAUGAUUAGCGGUUUGUAUUUAGGAGAACUUGUAAGAAUUAUCCUUCUGAAAAUGACAAGGGAAGGUUUGCUUUUCAACGGGAAGUUGUCAACAGCUCUCUGCACCAAGGGCAAGAUUGAGACAAAACACAUUGCUGCCAUGGAAAAGUACAAAGAAGGCCUGAGUAAUACUAAAGAAAUUCUGACGGAACUGGGCCUGGCUCCAUCGGAGGAUGACUGCAUUGCCGUUCAGCACGUCUGCACUGUUGUUUCAUUUCGCUCAGCAAAUCUCUGUGCUGCAGCUUUGGCAGCGAUACUCACACGCCUCCGAGAAAAUAAAAAGUUGACAAGGCUCCGAACGACAGUGGGAGUUGAUGGGACGCUGUAUAAGAUACACCCUCAGUAUGCUAAGCGUCUCCAUAAAGUGGUCAGAAGGCUGGUGCCCAACUGUGACGUUCGAUUUCUGGUGUCUGAGAGUGGCAGUGGGAAGGGGGCUGCGAUGGUAACUGCUGUUGCGUGCAGACUCUUAUCUCAGCGCAAACAGGUCAACGAGGUCUUGGGCCUCUUCAAAUUAACCAAAGAGAACCUCAUAGGUGUGAAAAACAGAAUGAGGGCAGAACUGGAGUAUGGCCUGAAGAAAGAAACACAUCCUACAGCCACUGUGAAAAUGCUGCCCACAUAUGUUUAUGGAACACCAGAUGGAACAGAAAAUGGAAAAUUUCUGGCCCUUGAUCUUGGGGGAACAAAUUUCAGAGUUUUGCUUGUAAAAAUCAGAAGUGGAAGAAGCAAAUCAGUCCGAAUGUACAAUAAAAUCUUUGCCAUUCCUUUGGAAAUUAUGCAAGGAACAGGUGAAGAGCUGUUUGAUCACAUUGUCCAGUGCAUUGCAGACUUUUUGGAGUACAUGGGCAUUAAGGGUGCCCGACUUCCUCUUGGCUUUACUUUUUCCUUCCCCUGCAGACAAGCAAGCAUUGAUAAGGGAACUCUUGUUGGGUGGACAAAAGGGUUCAAGGCAACAGACUGUGAAGGAGAGGAUGUUGUUGAUAUGCUCAGGGAAGCUAUCAAACGAAGGAAUGAAUUUGAUCUGGAUAUUGUAGCAGUGGUAAAUGAUACCGUUGGGACAAUGAUGACAUGUGGCUAUGAAGACCCAAAUUGUGAAAUCGGCCUCAUUGCAGGGACAGGCAGUAAUGUUUGCUACAUGGAAGACAUGCGUAAUAUAGAAAUUGUAGAAGGAGAUGAGGGCAAAAUGUGCAUCAAUACAGAAUGGGGAGGAUUUGGCGACAAUGGCUGCAUAGAUGAUCUCAGGACAAAAUAUGACAAAGAAGUGGAUGAGGGGUCAUUGAAUCCUGGGGAACAGAGGUAUGAGAAAAUGACCAGUGGAAUGUAUCUGGGUGAAAUAGUGAGACAGAUCUUGAUAGACUUGACCAAGCAAGGACUUCUCUUCCGUGGUCAGAUUUCAGAGCGGCUGAGAACAAGAGGAAUAUUUGAAACCAAAUUUCUGUCCCAGAUUGAAAGUGACCGGCUUGUCCUACUUCAAGUAAGAAGAAUCUUGCAGCAGCUUGGGCUUGACAGCACUUGUGAUGACAGUAUCAUUGUAAAGGAAGUUUGUGGCUCCGUUUCCAAGAGAGCAGCCCAGCUGUGUGGGGCCGGGCUGGCCGCUAUAGUGGAGAAGAUACGGGAAAACAGAAACCUCGAGCACCUAAAAACCACUGUAGGUGUGGAUGGGACCUUAUACAAACUACACCCACACUUUUCUAGAAUCUUGCAAGAAACGGUAAAAGAACUGGCGCCUCAAUGUGAUGUGACAUUCAUGCUGUCUGAAGAUGGGAGUGGAAAGGGAGCUGCCUUAAUUACUGCCGUUGCAAAACGAGUGCAUAAUGUUGCUGAAAAUUAAGUGGUCAUGCAGGCAUCUGUGUGCAGCAGUGAUGGUUGUUUGUUUGUUUGUUUGUUUGGUGAAACCAACUGAAGCAGUAGUUCAGAAGUGGUGCACACUUCUGUGGCCCAGGGUUAGCCAGUGUUGUGGCCUUGAGAUGCUGUUGGAGUAAAGCUCCCAUCGUCCCUGGCUGUUGGGACUUGUCAUUCAACAGACUCUGGAAGGCACCAAGUUGGCUACUCCUGUUUGUAUCCUGAUGGUUGGGCAGCUGUGCAAACAGAAAGCAGUUUGUCUUGCCAAAACUGAGGCAGGUUUGCCGCAUCUGAACAUAGGUUUCCAUAAGUUGUCUUAUGUUUAGAGAUACAACAAUAUACUUGACAUUUAUGUGUUAUGCUCAUACUAUAAAACAACCAGGCCAUAUCAAUGUAACUAUUUUGUCAACUAUUUUAAACAUAUUUAUAUGUUCUACUGCUCCCUUUCCACUUUCCCACCCAUGACUUUUCGCAUUCACGUCUAAAUAUCCUUUGUAAUGUACAACUCAUAAUUUGGAAGUAGAUAUUAUGUCCUUGGAUAGGUGUGUGCCGAGAGCUGGCACUGUUGUUUUACUUUUUAGUCUUUCUUUUAGAAAAGGAAAUUAAAAAGGCUGAUGUGCAAAAGGUAUUCAAUCCAUGUUCUUUUUCAAACAAAUUGUUGUGUUUAAUGAGUUGCUUGCAGUUGGCGCUGCUUGGGAUGGAAAUCCAGGACCUUGUACAAGGAGAGGGGAGAGACGGUCGGUCUGUACCAUUCCACUUGGUGAUUUGAAAAUAAUUAUCUACUGACUGCCCACAGCAAUAUGCAAUGUGGCUCAAAGACUUUUUAUGAUCCCACUUUACACUUUUAAAUCAAGCUGAGGUGUUGGGCUUCGUGACUAGCUUUGGAGCAUAGUCUGAUGGUCUGUGCACUUUAAAAAUUAGCCUGUGGGUAAGGAUUGGGGGGGGGGGGAGAGAUUUGAUUCAGUUUGCAGUUAACAGCGAAUCUUAUCAAAUCUGCACUUUCCAAAACAAUAUGAGUACUGGCACACAGCUAUCCUUCAAAAUCCACACUUAUCUGAAUUUUGAGGUGCAGUUCUCCAACCAAUACUUCGUAUUUUAAUAGGAGUCGCUGAAAGUUGUGAGUGAAACAACACACAAUACCAUCUAAAGCAACAUAAACAUACUUAGAUUAUGUCCAGAGUCUAAAAUGCACCACUAUUUUUUGUUCAUGAUAUUUUUGUUUCAUACAGAAUUGUAGAGUUGUAAGGGACCGUAAGGAUCAUCUAGGCCAACCCCCUGCAAUGCAGGAAUCUUUUGCCCAAUAUGGGACUUGAACUCAAGAUCCUGAGUUGCAAAGGGUACCAUCACUGCCUCCGUCAGUAACCUCAGGCAACUUAGGUUACAGUAGAUUCCUUCUUGAAAUGUGUCGGAAAUGUUGCUACUUAAAACAUUGCAAAUAUUCUUAAUGGAACUGCUUGAUGGGUGUUCAACCUGUCAAGAGGCAACCUGAAGUACUGUAUUUGUUUAAAAGGGCCCUGUUUCCUGCUGCUGUCAAUCCAACCAGAACUAUUUCUAUUUUUUUACAAAUGAGAAUGUGCUUGGGAAAACACCUUUCUGGCAACUGGCAUGAGGGUUUGCAAAUAGCAUUGUCCUUUCGUAUGUGGGAAUCUGAUUUCAUAUAAUAAAUAUGGAAUAAAAGGAGGACCUUGUAUAAUUGUUAAUGGCACAUAAUUCCUUUAACACUUUAGAAGAUGCUGCAACAAGCUACUUUCAAACAUAUUUUGGUUCAAUUUAAGGAAAUACGUUGUUGGAUUAAGCUUUGUGGGAGGUGUAUACAUUACCAAAUACCUAAAGCAAAGAAAGGAACGAGUGGACUUUAAAGAUUUUCUGUUCUGUACAGAUCCUGUUCUGUACAUAUUAUUUAUAAGAAAUAAAAAAGCACAUAGCUCUUGCAAAGUAAAUUGGAUUGUCAACGUAUGCUUUCAAUAUGCUUUAUCUGAGAUUGGAGACCUGUUUCUUGUAAACUCGGUGGUUUCCCUUUAAGAUCAAACUUCACUUGUGCUUUCAGGCCAACUCUUUUGUAAUUCGCAGUGUGUGGUCACCAGCUUUGGUACUGCAUGCCAAAGCACAGCCACAGAACAAUGGAAGGGCUGCCACAUGCCACAUGGCAGCUGCAGCAUGCAGUUUUUCUUAACUGGCUUUCUGAGCCAUACUUACAGUGCAACCUUACAUGUGGCUACUCAAAAUUAACCCCCCCCCUUGCAUUCAGUGGAACUUACUUCCAGGUAAGUAGGCAUAAGAUUGCAGCCUUGAAGUGCUACAAGCCAUCAUACACUUAUGAUCAAACAAUUGCCAAUGAAUAAGAGAAACUAGCAAGGGUACAUGCUUUACAAAACUAUAAAGGGGAAGAUGUAGGAUUUCAUAACAUACUGUUAUGAGUUUGUGGGUUCCAGACCACUAUAAUCUCUGGAUCAAGCAAGUGUCAAAAUUUAACUGAGGCUUAGGGUGCUGUGUGCUAGACACUUUUAAUUCCGUGGAAUCAGCAAGUGUUAAAAGCUAAUUAACCCAGGCUGGUUUCCCACAAAGUUAUAGCUCAGGUGAUGGACCAUUAAGAGAACAAAGCAUCAAAGGGACUCCUGUAACACGGCAAAUGGUUAGGGCCCCUCUCCCUCAACAGAUAAGGGCACAGCUUAGGAUAGAAUAGUUUGAGUUUGGAGUUACGUGACCUAGAGGUGGGGAAAGUUUGCAGGUUGGUAAAGGCUGGAGAGAGGGUUAGAGCACAAUGGUUGAUACCUGAAUUAAAGGCUGCAGCUAGAUGAGAAGCAAGAUCCUCUUGGGGUGAUUAUGCUUGAGGUGAUGGAACCCUUCCAUCAUAGACACAGGUUGUGUGUGUGUGUGUGUGUGUGUGUGUGUGUGUGUGUGUGUGUGUGUGUGUAAUCAUAGACUUUUAGGCAUUUGUGGGUAGAGCACAAUAUAUCUUUAUUAAGUUUAUUCCCUCCUGGCAUUUCAGAAACUUUCCUGUUGCUUUCAAGUUUGUGUUUUCAGAGCAGCACUGUGUUUCCAAAGCCCAGGCAGUUACUCUGAAAUUUAAAUAACUGCACGGUCAUUAAAUUUUAUACAAAAAAGGAAUUGACUCUAAAACCAGCUGCUAUGUUAUCAUGAUGAGAGCAAUAGCAAAGCCUUCAUUCAUUGCAGCAAAGCUACAUUGUUGGGGAACGUAAAUCAAAGUUAUUGUUGUUGUUGUUUUUGUCCCUGGAAGAUUAAGAAGAAUUUGUUUUCGGGCGAAGAGCUUUUAAUUCAGCAAAGCAGAUGGGAGCGGGCAGUAAGUAACAUCCCCCCCCCCGACAAAUGUUUAGCCUCUUUCAUUGUGGCAUGCAUGUGACAGAGAAGCUAGGAACAAUUUACAGCUAGAUAUUCUGCCCAGUCAAGGCUGCAUUAUACCAUUCUAGAAGGUGAUACUAUAUCAUCUUGAGUGUCGUGACACAAAUGAGGAUUAUUUACAUCUAGCAUUCUUCAAGAAGGCAUGUUCUUGCUCCACACUGUCUCGGGUGUCUCUUGCAGAUACUACUAAAUCCUAGGUUUGUGUGGCAGUGCCUUUGUCAAGGAUGCUUGAGGUUGACACGCUGGCGUACAGUACAGUAGGUACUUCAUUGUUGUUACCGUACUUUGUUUUACAGGGUUGGUUUUGCUUCAUCCACAGGAAGUUGCAUUAGCCCAGCCUUCACCAACCUGGCCGGAGGCUGAUGGGAAUUGUAGUCUAAAACAUCUGGAAGGUACCAGGUUGGCAAAGGCUGCAAUAGACAAGAGACUGAUAACUGUUGCUACGUGGCCUGUUGAUUUAAUUAAAUUAAAACAGAUUAAUUAAAUGCAUAAUUUUCUGAGUUUCACCUGUAUGUGCUAGUAGUAUUAUAGACAUGGCGAAUGGUCUUACCAACUAAUAUUCUUUACUGAGUGGAAAGUUUUUAAAUGAAAUUUGACUUUAUCCAUUCUUUACUUUUACAGACCUUUGGGAUUAUAAUGUAAACCAGGAAGAGAUGCUCCAGUGAUGGCCACAGAUGAGGAGCCUGACAGAUCAGACUAUGGUUCUUCAGAAUACAAAGUAGGUGACUUAAUUUAGAUAAAUAAAAGCAUAAACCUCACUCACUGGAAACUGAAAGGAGGCAUGUCAAUUUGUGUUGGGGCUUUUCUCCACAAUCACUAAAGGCAGGUCAAAAGACCCUUUUGGUUACUGUGUAAGAAUCUAGUGUGUGUCUUUUAAAAUGUGCCAUGUAGAUUGUGCACAAGGGAAGGGAACACAAUAUCUAUGCUGCUCUUUACCACCUUUUAAAAAAGCUGAAUAUAUUUGCAUUGACCUGUAAGAGUAAUAUAGGGGUGCUGAGUUCAGAUAAUAAAAAUGAAUGCAAACUAAAACACAAUGUUUAUGCCGUGUGAUUUGGGUGGGAGCAGUAUAGUAUUUUCCUUAGCAUAAAAUAUUGUGGUGAAGUCAAUGGUUUGAAAUUGUGAAGGCCUAGAAGACAUCAUGUAUUUGGACUUUCAGAAAACUUUUUGGUAACUCCUUAUUUCCUUUUCAAACCUUUACACCUAGGGCACCCUCUUCCUUAUGCGAAGUUACCUUGGAAGAAGGGAAAUAGAAAUCGGAUAGAAGGAAUUAUCCUAGCGAAACAGAUCAACCCUAAUCCACACCCAUGCCAAAGAUGGGCCGAUACUCAUACAAAGGAUCCUGGCCAGGGAUCCUUUGUAUCAAGCAAAAAAUAGGAGCAUGGUGAGACAUGAGCUAAAGAGGUGCAUCAUGCAGACACAUAUUGCCUCUGUGGGGUUUGCUUUUAUAGAGACAUGGAAUGGAGAGCAAAGUCCUGUGCUCCAGAAUGCUAGAGUUGCAAAACUUUGCCAAAAGCUAUAUUCUAGGAAUCAAGAAAUGUCUCCAUUUCUCCUCUUCUCAUACUGUACUUGGGAACAUCCAUUAGGUAGGCCCAGAAUAGCAAAGUCCGGUUCCAGGUUCAGCUUGUUCUUCACACUUCACAUCCGCUCGACCCACCCUGCCCCUUUGUUCUCAGCCUCUGUAAGAAUAAAACCAUUCACACAAAUGUAACCUUUCUGCUAUGUGGUUGCUAAGCAGUUGCUAAAGACAUUUUGGCUUGGUAUCAAGAUUACUGCUAGAACAAUGCAAAACUUCAUUUAUGCCAAGUUUCCUAUCUGUUAGAGACGCUAAACUUUAAAAUGAAAGGACAAGGCUGAAUUAAGAGGAAUGAGAGAUAUUUUUAAAGCCUUAUAUGUAAUAAAGAAUUAACAUAUUAUAAGCACCAAUUGAUUUACUACGUUGUCAAAUGCACAAGUUGACCAUGGUGCUUCUGCUUUAUUAGGGCUUGCCAACCAUGUUCGGAACCAUGUUUAUAUAAUACAAGGGAAGGCUGCCCUAAUUUAUCCUUUUUUGUAUGCAUUUUUGGUUGGGGAAGUGCUUCACAAAAUUUGUAGAAGCUGUGUUAUAGUUUGAAUAUUGGUUUGGAACUGCAAAUUAGGUAGGUUUGCAUGAAAGUGCAAAUGGAGAAAAAAAUAUCCCUCUUUGGAGGAUUUCUGUGGCAUGUGCUUGGCUUUCUCCUUAAGAGAUUAGCUUUCUACAGGAAGUUUGUGGUAAUUCACACACAUAAUUUUUAUGAACCCCCAGAACAGCAUAUAAUUCAGAAUCCGCUUAUUUGGAAGAACAAUUGGCUCAAACCAAUGAAAGUUUUAAGAUCAGCUUUUAAGAAAAUUGGAUGCAGAAGCUAUUGGGAUGGGGGGGGAGGGAAUGUACACUUCACGGUUCCUUUUUCUGCAAAACUAAUUUGUGUUUUCUUCAAGUUUUCCUCCAAUAUAGUACUCUGUCUUAAAAUUGUGAAGUAUGACCUAAUGAUAUCCCUCCCAUGAUCACUAGAGGGUGCUAGUGCAUAAAUACAGCUGUUGGAUUCUUCACUACAAGUGGCCAAAAACAGCUUGACAGUUCCUAUUUUCACAAAUGAAUGAUGAAACCUGAUAUUAUAAAUAUAUGCCCAAUUCCAGUCAGUUGAGAUAAAUUAUGAGUUUAGAAAUGUUAGAAUUUCCAGGCGUUAUAGUGGUAGAAAACUCCUCCCACUGCCCCCCAGUAAAAAAUAUAGCAUUUCCAGUAACUAAGGGUCCCUAAAUUAGGAACCCAGAAAAUUGCCUCAUGCCAACAGGGCCAGCUCUAAGGCAAGGCUGGGUGGUGCAAUGCGCCACGUCAAUGGGCCGCCAGGGGGGCGCCGCGCUGCGCCCACCAGACAGCCGCGUCGGGAAACGGGGCGGGGGGCGCCGGAGGGAUCUUCGCACCACGGCGCCAGGGCGCCAGCUACGUUUAAGACGGCCCUGCAUACCAAGUCACACCCUUAGUCCAUUUACCUCAUAACUGCCUGACUGGCAGUGGUUCCUCAGGAUUUUCAACAUUCCCAGCCCUAUUUGGAGAUGCUGGGAAAUAAGCCAGGGAACCUUCUACUCUCAAAGCAGAUGUUCUACUGCUGAACUGCAGCUGUACUUGCCUCAAUUAGGAUUUGCAGCCGGCAGCAUUAGUUAGUGAUGAGGGACGCUGGAAAACAUCUCCAAGCUUGGGUUUAGAAAUGAAAUCUAGGAGAUAACCAAAGCCUGCGUCAGCCAACAGAUUACCUUUAAAAGUCCUGGAUUGUUCUCCAGCAUGGAUAAAAAUUCCUGACAGCCCUCCCCAAUUCCCAGAACACACUCCCCACACUGUCCCUAACCCCCUUCCAGGCCUUCCCUUUAAACCUUGUGGAUUUGGCUUAUUAAUAAUUAGUGUAGUCAUUUUCUACAUACUGUACAGGUGAAACUCGGAAAGUUAGAAUAUCGUCGAAAAGUGCAUUUACCGGUAUUUCAGUAACGCAAUUUAAAAGGUGAAACCAAUAUAUGAGAUAGAUGCAUGACAUGCAAGGCAAGAUAUGUCAAGCCUUUAUUUGUUGUAGUUGUAAUUAUUUGUCAUUAGGCGGGUCAAUUAUAAAUGGACUGUAAUUAAUGAAAUGUAAUAGCGAUGUUUAUUUUUGUAUUAUUGUAACUAUUUGCUUUAUUACUGUGGAAUUUCCAAAAGAAAGCAUUUGUAAAAAUUAAAAGAAAAUAAAAAAAUAAAAAGUUACAUUACUAAAAUAAAUGCACUUUUCAACGAUAUUCUAAUUUUCCAAGUUUCACCUGUAUUUAUAUUUUUCACAUGAAUUCUACCAUUUAGAUCUGUCAUUUAUGUAUGAACCUCUUGAUGAGAAUUAUAAACUUUUCAAUGGUUCCUGGGGGCUUCAGUGUCCCUGCCCUCCACUGGCAAGCAGAAUAGCAAAAACUGAAGACUAAAUUAUGCAAAAUUUCAUCAUUCAUACGGAUCACAGAACUGAGAUUUUCUAGGCACAAUAAUUGUGAAUUGCCUGGGCAGAAUUUAAUUUUUAAAAUUAUGUUUUUAUCAAUGGCUAGGGAAAAAAAUGCAAUAUUUAACAAAAGGGCAAUAUGAUACAGAAAAAGUGCAAGUGAGACUCGCAGGCUUGCAAGAAUCAGGAAUCCUGGUACAAAAUAUAUCAAGCACAGUAAACCAUAGCUAUCUGAAGAAGUGUGCAUGCACACGAAAGCUCAUACCUAUGACAAAUUCAGUUGGUCUCUAAGGUGCUACUGGAAGGAUUUUUUUAAAUUAUUUUGACUGCGUCAGACCAACAUGGCUACCUACCUGUAUAUAGUAAUGAAAUGAUUUUUUUAAAAAAGGUAUUUCACUGUAUCUGAAGAAGUGUGCAUGCACACGAAAGCUCAUACCAAAAUAAAAACUUAGUUGGUCUUUAAGGUGCUACUGAAGGAAUUUUUUUAAAAAAAGUACAUUUCCAAACAGGUCAUAUCACAGAACAAUCUCAAUUUAUGAAGGUAAUAAAUAAAUGCCACUUUUUAUUUUUAGAAAGUUCAGUAUCCUAAAGUGUGUGAAGAAAUUUUAAAAUCUGAAACCCUAAUUCAGUUUGUAUAGUACUUGUCUUUAAGCUUUCAUGAAUAUACUUUUUUCUUCUCUCAGUCUCCUGUCUCUUUACCAUGGCUUACUUAGUAAUGAAAUACUUUCAUAUGAAGGGCUUAAACUGUGGCCUAUAUACAAAUGCAAGCUUCAUACCCUGAAAGAUAAGAAGGGAGUGUCUUAUUGAUUUAGUACGCUAGAAUGAGGAAGUGGCUUGGCCAAGGUCAGACAAAGCAAAGAGUUCUGACCAUUUUACCUGCAUUUCACACUGAUAGUUCUUCUGCUUUUCCUUUUCUGCGGUUACAGUAACCAACACAGAAGUCCUAGUCGGACACGACUAAACGACUAAACAACAACAAACCAGAGAAACUCCUAACCACAGAAUAGAGCCAAUACAGACCUGCCUACAAUCCUUCCCAUGCACACCUAUGUGGGAGGCAUGACCCAGUGAACUUAACCUCCUUACUUCUGAGAAUUGCACUGUGGGGUACAUUUAAUUGUAUUUUACUAAUGACAGAUGUGAUGACACCAAGUUCAAAGGCUAUUUUUUUAUGGAUGCAACAUUUCACUGAUGAAUAAAGUAAUCUGUUAAGAUGCUUUUAAUUGAUUAAAAUGUGCCCUUGAUUAAUUGGGAAGCAUUAAAAAAUAAAAAAGAUUACAUACUUUAAAAAACCCACAGAAAAGCUAUUCACCUUCCUCUCAUUUUGUAGGACAGGAAGAAAUGCCUCUUUUAAGAUGGAGCCAACCAUGAAACAUCUGUGCAUCAUCCACAAAGUUAUACUUUUAGCUUCAGAACUAUAAUUCUUACAUGCAGAUUUAUUCAGAUGGAAUAAAGUCAUUGAUUAAUCAAUCAAUUAAAAUUCAUGUAAUUAACAAGCUAAGGCUAAAGCUAUUUUUUAUUUAUUUAUACUAAACCACCAGCAGUGGUCUCUUUCUAAGAAGGGGUCACCUACGUUUAAAAAUCAGGGUGCUGCUAAUUUGAAUGUUAAAUGGUUUCCUUAAUCUGUAAUGCAAACAUAUGGAAGAAUGUGAAUUUUAUUACACAUGUAUUUGUUCUUCCAAGGAGGCCAGGAAUACAAUAUAGUACCUCACAGGAUUGUUGAAAUAUAAUGAAUGACCCAGAGAAAUACCUGGCACACUUUCUAGCCAAGUCAAAAUUUGAAGUCAAGUCUUCCCAAUCCAAGCCCAGCCUUCUGUGUGAUAAUACUGCGCUAUCUCUCACAUUCAUACAUAAAUGCAACCACAUCCCAGGUAAAUACCAUGCAAAUUCAGAGAUAUAUUCUGUUGAAUGAGGCUUGUCUCCAGGUAAGCAUGCGCAGAACACUCAAAGUUGUUUUAAGUGUAAUGUGUGCAAAAGGUUCUCAGUGUUUGUCUUUGCCACGAACUUUUAAUGGUUACACCUUCCCUUCACAGAGCUUUAGGAAUUGUUUUCUAGAGGGUUUUUCAGCUACACUAACGGAGUUGUAGAGUUUUUUUUUUUGAGAGAGAGAAGCAGUGUGUAGCAUGGGGGGAGGCAAAGGGGCAGUUGCCCUGGGCACAAAAUUGUUAGAGGUGCAAAAUUUCAACACCUGGUGCUGCCUCAAUACAGCUGCAUGCUUCUGUCACUGGAAUCUGUUGAAAGCGGUUUCUCCAUGCAAACCAGGAAGUGACCUCUCCAGACAACUGAAUGACUCUUAUUUUCUUUCAUUUGCAGCUGUGAUCUCCUGGUCACCAUUAGGCAGUUGAAUGUGAAUGUAUACUCCAUCUACUGUAUUUCCUUCCCUCCCACCCACCC